AUGCCGGACCGGAUCUCGGUGGCGGAGUUCGUGGCGGAGACCCAUGAGGACUACAAGGCGCCCACGGCCUCCAGCUUCACCACGCGCACGGCGCAGUGCCGCCACACCGUGGCCGCCAUCGAGGAGGCGCUGGAUGUGGACCGGACGGUGCUGUACAAGAUGAAGAAGUCCGUGAAGGCCAUCAACAUCUCCGGGCUGGCGCACGUGGAGAACGAGGAGCAGUACACGCAGGCGCUGGAGAAGUUCGGCGGCAACUGCGUGUGCAGAGACGACCCGGACCUGGGCAGCGCCUUCCUCAAGUUCUCCGUGUUCACCAAGGAGCUGACGGCGCUUUUCAAGAACCUGAUCCAGAACAUGAACAACAUCAUCUCCUUCCCGCUGGACAGCCUGCUGAAGGGGGACCUGAAGGGCGUGAAGGGGGAUCUGAAGAAGCCUUUCGAUAAAGCCUGGAAGGACUACGAAACCAAAAUAACCAAGAUCGAAAAGGAGAAGAAGGAGCACGCCCGGCUGCACGGCAUGAUCCGCACGGAGAUCAGCGGCGCCGAGAUCGCCGAGGAGAUGGAGAAGGAGCGGCGCCUCUUCCAGCUGCAGAUGUGCGAGUACCUGCUGAAGGUCAAUGAGAUUAAGAUCAAGAAGGGAGUGGACUUGCUUCAGAACCUGAUCAAGUACUUUCAUGCCCAGUGCAAUUUUUUCCAGGACGGACUGAAGGCCGUGGAAAACCUCAAGCCCUCCAUCGAGACGCUGUCCACCGACCUGCACACGAUCAAGCAGGCCCAGGAUGAGGAGCGGAGGCAGCUGGUACAGCUGCGGGACAUCCUGAAGUCGGCGCUGCAGGUGGAGCAGAAGGAGGACUCGCAGCUGCGCCAGAGCACGGCCUACAGCCUGCACCAGCCGCAGGGCAACAAGGAGCACGGCACCGAGCGCAGCGGCAGCCUCUACAAGAAGAGCGACGGGAUCCGGAAGGUGUGGCAGAAGAGGAAGUGCUCCGUGAAGAACGGGUUUCUGACCAUCUCCCACGGGACGGCGAACCGGCCCCCGGCCAAGCUCAACCUGCUCACCUGCCAGGUGAAGACCAACCCCGAGGAGAGGAAGUGCUUCGACCUCAUCUCACAUGACCGCACGUACCACUUCCAGGCGGAGGACGAGCAGGAGUGCCAGAUCUGGAUGUCUGUGCUGCAGAACAGCAAGGAGGAGGCGCUCAACAACGCCUUCCAGGGCGACGACCCCCCCGGCGAGAACAUCGUGCAGGAGCUGACCAAGGAGAUCAUCGCCGAGGUGCAGCGGAUGCCGGGCAACGACGUGUGCUGCGACUGCGGGGCGCCAGACCCCACGUGGCUCUCCACCAACCUGGGCAUCCUGACCUGCAUUGAGUGCUCGGGCAUCCACCGCGAGCUGGGUGUGCACCACUCCCGCAUGCAGUCCCUCACGCUGGACGUCCUGGGCACGUCCGAGCUGCUGCUGGCCAAGAACGUGGGGAACGCGGGCUUCAACGAGAUCAUGGAGAGCUGCCUUCCCGCCGGGGACCCCGUCAAGCCCGGCCCGGGCAGCGACAUGACCGCCCGGAAGGACUACAUCACGGCCAAGUACAUCGAGAGGAGGUUCGCGCGCAAGAGGCACGCGGACAGCGCAGCCAGGCUGCACGGCCUGUGCGAGGCCGUCAAGGCCAGGGACAUCUUCGGGCUCCUCCAGGCCCACGCCGAUGGCGUGGACCUCACCGACAAGGUCCCGCUGGCCAACGGGCAUGAGCCGGACGAAACCGCCUUGCACCUGGCCGUCAGGUCCGUGGACCGCACCUCCCUGCACAUCGUGGACUUCCUGGUUCAGAACAGCGGGAACCUGGACAGACAGACGGGCAAGGGCAGCACGGCCCUGCACUACUGCUGCCUGACCGACAACGCCGAGUGCCUGAAGCUGCUGCUGCGCGGCAAGGCCUCCAUCGAGAUCGCUAACGAGGCCGGGGAGACGCCGCUGGACAUCGCCAAGCGCCUCAGGCACGAGCACUGCGAGGAGCUGCUGACCCAAGCCCUGUCUGGAAGGUUCAACGCACACGUGCACGUGGAGUACGAGUGGCGGCUGCUGCCCGAGGACCUGGACGAGAGCGACGAGGACGUGGAGGAAAAGCUGCAGCCCAGCCCCAGUCGGCGGGAGGACCGGCCGGUCAGUUUCUACCAGCUGGGCUCCGGCGCCGCGCCAUCAGCCAGAGACGCCGCCGGCCCAGCCAAGGACAGGCCGCGGGCCUUCGCGCCCAGCAUCGUGCAGAACGAGACGUACGGAGCCGUCCUGGGCGGCAGCCCGGCCCCCGGCCCCGCCAGCGCCCCCCCACUGCCCCCGCGGAACGUGGCCAAAGCCCAGGCCCCCGCCACCAACGCCCCGUGGAAGACGGACUCGGUGAGCGUGGACGGAGCCGGCCGGCAGCGGUCCUCGUCAGAUCCGCCCGCCGUCCACCCGCCGCUGCCCCCCCUCCGCGUGACGUCCACCAACCCCCUGGCUCCGACGCCGCCCGCUUCCGCCGCCAAGAUGCCCGGGGCCCUGGACGCCCUGAGCCAGCAGAGCAAGCUGACCCCGCCCGGCAAGACCAGAGCCCCAGCCCUGCCGCAGAGGAGGCCUGCCCCGGGGACUGACAAGCCUGCCCCCCUGGUCCCCAAAGGCCAGCCGCGCGGCCCCGCGGCGGACCUCUCCGGAACGGAAGCUCUGGGUCCUCUGUCCAGCACCCCGGCCCUGCAGCCCCCCGCGCCCAUGCCCAGGAAGUCACAGGCGGCCAGGCUGAAGCCCAAGCGGGUGAAGGCCCUCUACAACUGCGUGGCCGACAACCCCGACGAGCUGACCUUCUGCGAGGGGGACGUGAUCAUCGUGGACGGGGAGGAGGACCAGGCGUGGUGGAUCGGCCACCUUGACGGAGACCCCGGCCGCAAAGGAGCCUUCCCCGUGUCCUUCGUGCACUUUAUCGUGGACUGA